AUGCCUUUCAGCUUAAAGAAUGCCGGAGCAACUUACCAAAAGGCCAUGAAUGCCAUUUUUCAUAAUUUAAUUGGCAAAACCGUAGAGGUGUACAUAGAUGACGUGGUUAUUAAAUCAAAAACCCGAUCAGGACAUGUAGCCGAUCUUGAGCAGACAUUCAAACAUAUGCGAAAACAUAAACUUAAAAUGAACCCCAAGAAGUGUGUUUUCGGAGUAUCAGCGGGGAAUUUUCUAGGUUUUCUCAUUCACCAGCGGGGAAUUGAGGUCGACAAGAAUAAGGCUAAAGCCAUUAUCAAUGCACCCGCUCCUUCUAAUAAAAAACAGCUACAAUCAUUCCUUGGUCAAGUUAAUUUUCUCAGACGAUUCAUCUCUAACUUGGCCGGUAAACUUCGGCCUUUCUCUUCUCUACUUAAGUUGAAAAUUGGAGAUGAAUACAAGUGGGAGCUAGAGCACCAACAAGCUUUUGACAAACUCAAGAAGUAUUUAACACAACCCCCAGUGUUAGUACCUCCACAGAAAGGAAAGUCGCUGAAGCUCUACACAGCGGCCACAGCUGAAUCAAUUGGGAGCAUGUUGGCUCCAGACAAUGAUCAAGGAAAGGAGCAAGCCAUCCAUUAUUUGAGCAGAAUCCUCACACCUGUUGAGAUAAGAUAUUCGUCGAUUGAAAAACUAUGCCUCGUGCUCUACUUUUCGGCGAUUAAAUUACGACAUUAUAUGUUACCAUCAGUUGUUCAUAUAAUUUCACAAAUGGAUUUAAUUAAAUAUAUGUUGACUCCGCUAAUCAUCAAAGGCCGAAUUGGAAAAUUGACAAUGGCGCUUUCUGAAUUUACUUUCAAAUACCUGGUUCAGAAGUCAAUCAAAGGCCAGGCAUUGGCUCAAUUUCUUGCUGACCACCCUUCUAUUGAAAUUGAAGAUAUGGAGAACGCUGAAAUAGAUACUACACAAGUCGGCCAGAUGUAUCACGAGCCUUGGCUACUAUAUUUUGAUGGCUCAAGCACUAGUGACCUCGCCGGGGCAGGAAUAGUGAUUGAAUCUCCAACUGGCCAAAAGCAUCAAUAUGCCUUCAAACUGGACUUUAACUGCACAAACAACCAGGCUGAAUAUGAAGCCUUAAUAAUUGGCCUGGAAGUAUUGGAAGAGCUUGGAGCAACAAUAGUUAAGGUGUUUGGGGACUCACUAUUAGUCAUCAAUCAAAUGCUCCAGGUUUUUAGAUGUUCAAAUCUUUCGUUGGCCACUUGUUAUGCCGCAGCACAACAAUUGAUUAGUUGUUUUCAUGAUGUGGAAUUUCACCAUUUACUACGAGAACUCAAUCGAGAAGCGAAUGAAAUGGCUCAGAUUGCUUCUGGUGUCUGCAUCCCAGAAGGCCAAACUACCAAAGUCAUCACAAUUGAGAGGAAAUCGUUGCCAUCUUUGGCCGAGAGAGGUAUGUCGGCUGAUGUUUUUGAGCUUGAUGUGCCACUUGGUGAUUGGAGAUUUUACAUAAUCCAACACCUUUUGAUGAAAACUGAUGGAGGUGGGAGUCAAAAAAUCAAAAUGUUGUCUAGCAAAUUCACUAUUAAAAAUGGUGAACUGCUAAGAAAAAGUCCUGAUGAUGACCUCCUUCUUCGUUGCCUUGGCUCUGAAGAUGCCCAACUCAUAAUGGCUGAAGUUUAUAAGGGUAUUUGCGGAGCACACCAAGCUGGGAUAAAAAUGAGGUCCAUUAAGAGAUUUCCAUCUUUCCCUAUGAAUCCAAUAGUAAAGCCGUGGCCUUUUCGGGGCUGGGCAAUGGAUAUAAUUGGCCAAAUCUCUCCCCCAUCUUCCAAACAGCACAAAUGGAUUCUGGUUGCCACAGACUACUUUACAAAAUGGGUUGAGGCCGUUCCAUUCACCUCCACAAGUAGUGCCGAGGUGAUCAGAUUCAUUGAGCAGCAUAUCAUUCACCGAUUCGGUAUUCCAGAAACUAUCACAACUGAUCGAGGAUCGGUAUUCAUAGCCGAAGCCGUCAUCGAACGAAUGGCCGAGUAUAAGAUUACAAUGCAACAAUCGACACCCUAUUAUGCUUAG